UUUAACUUUCACUUUCUGUUAACUGUAAACGAUAACGGUGGACAUAUCUACAUACGCACAGCAGACAUACGGCCUGAAGUUAUUUUAAUUCGGUUCAAUAAUUGACGGCUAAGUUGUGCAAAGAGCUGCUGCAGCUUCUUUACAUCAAACAGCUGAAUUCAAUCAUCUGUCGUGGUAGUUGAUCGCUUCAAAGGUGAAGUCAUGUCAGAUUUAUUGAACAAACUAAAGGCCAACCCAGACCUAAAAGGAGCAGCCAGUGUAUUACAAAAUGCUGGGCUACACACUGACUCAGAGAUCCGGUCACUGACUCGAGAAGAGCUGCACGAGCUAUUUCCUGGAGCGGGCAAACUCAAACAGAGAAGGACAAUCUUUGAAAUAAUAAACAAACCGAAGCCAGUUCAUGCGCUCAUAAAUGAACUGAAAGCUUUCAUCCCACAUGACGUUUUCGGGGCUGCUCAGACUGGUAAUGGAGUGAUGGCUGAUUACCUGGUUAUUCUAAAGGACCUGAAGACCCAGCUGAAUCAAGUCCAGGGUUUCAUUGAUGCUCAUAUUGAUCUUCUGGAAGGAAGGAGCAAUGAUCAAGAACAUGAAAAAGGUUCUAUGCUAGGCGCAAGUUCCUCAGACACCCGUGGUUCAAUGGUGAACUGCAAUCGACAAACUGCUGACUGUCUGCAAAGAGCACAAGUGCCAGCUGAAGAGAUGAACAGGAAUUACAGUAGAGGGAGUGAGGGGAUGACAUACAACCAAGGACAAUGUCAGGAAUCAACCUCAGGUGCCCAAGGUCAUGUGAUGACCUAUAAUUACCAAACUGGUGGCCCUCCACAAGAACCUCAAAGAAGUCGUUACUCCUUUUCAAAUUCACCGGAAAGGAAAUAUCAGAGGAAAGUGGCGUACCAGGUGGUUGUCAGUGGUAAAACCUUUGAUGCCGAUAAACAGCUGAUGAACAAAGUGCUGACGGAUCCAGCUCUGAACCAGGUUCAGUUUGUCGAAAACCAGUUGAACCACCAGAUCACUAUUCUCUUCUGUCCAGUCAGUUCACGGGUUGGGACAGAUGUUGAAGCAGCCUUGGGUCAUGUUAAAGAUGAUAAACCUGUCAUUCUGGUAGUGAUGCACCACGAACGUGAGGCCAAGUCUAAGUCUCUCAGAAUGCCGCAUGAUAAACAGCACCAAGUUGUGUUGUAUGUCAACGUUUUUUACCAUGAUACCAGUAAGGGUUUACUCACAUGUGAACAAAAUAAUGCUGCUGCCUCUGAAAUAAAACAGAAAUUACUGCAGCUCAGCACUCCAAUAGAUACCAGUGGAAAUGCCCAGGGUGCAGGUGUUGAAAGUGGUCGCAGCAUAUUCUCUAAGUUUUGGUAGGUAGAGUGUUUGUAUUGGUGAUGAUAGUAUUCUGUGAGUUCACAUCACAUGUAAAACAAUGUGUCAUGGAUCAUCAACAGCAAAAAUAAAGCAGCAAAACUGAUUGAUUUAGACUUUUAA